AUGUCAACCAAUAACCAGGCUAUCUGUUCUUACUUCCCCGUGGACCUCCCGCUGGCCACCCGGCAGCUGAUCAUUUCCAAUAACCGGAUCGGCGACCUGCCGGCGCUGCAGCUCAACUACCUGUCGGACCUGGUGUACCUGGACUGCAGCAACAACUCGUUGACGGAGAUCUCCGAGUCUACUUUUGGCAACCUGCGCAAGCUCGCCUACCUGGAUCUGUCUUUCAACAGCCUGACGCAGAUCGAGGACCGGACGUUUGGCCCGCUGUCCAGCCUGGUGAUGCUGAGGAUGACGGAUAACCCGGGGCUGUCGGAGGUCCACGUGGACGCGUUCGCGGAGAACGCGGCGCUGCAGGUGCUGGACGUGAGCCGCAACAACCUGACGGCGCUCAACAUCAGCUCUCUGAUCGCGCUGCCGUCGCUGCGCUCGCUGGGGCUCAGCGGGAACCCCUGGAGGUGCGACUGCGACACGGAGGACCUGUGCCUCUGGAUCCAGAUAGAGGGCUUCAAGUUCCAAG